GGUCAAAUAGAAAAUACAUACAGCACUAGUCAUAUGUAAGAGCUAGAGUGCUCUGUCUGUGUAUGGCAAUUCAUUGAAAAGCAGCCAAUUGAUAAUUUGUUAAAUCCGUUGUUUUGGUUUUCCCCCUUCUGCAAGAUUUCUCAGCAACAAACUGAAAGAAUCUUUAGCAGCGAAGACAGGGAACAGCUGGUGUUCGCAGGUUCUAAAGGACAGCCUUGUCUGAAUUAAGUCCAUUGUUAACAGUCAAGAAGAAUUUUCCGCUCUGUUUGGAAAUGUUGUCGUCUAUGCUGAAGGAGCAUCAGGCUAAGCAGACUUCUCGACGAGAAGUUCAAGAGAAAAGGAAGAAGGAAGCUUCUGCAGCUGCUACUGCUGUCACAAGGUCGUUGGUGGAGAAUCUAAAUAGCAGAGUGGCCAUUGCCUACAACAAUGAGAAGAAACUUGACGCAGAGACGAAACAACUUCAGGCCAAUGCUGGUCAGUUUGCUAAACAGAGCAUGCAGUGGUUAUCUCUGGUUGAGAACUUCAACCAGGCAUUAAAGGAACUUGGAGAUGUUGAGAAUUGGGCUCGUAGCAUAGAGACUGACAUGCAGACAAUAGCAAGUGCUUUGGAAUAUGCAUACAAAGAUACAAGCUAACAUUGUUCCAAGAUUCUUCGGGCACGAUCAUGGAAGCAGCUCAUAUUAUAUUGAAUCAAUGGAGUAUUUUCAAUUCAAAAUGAGAUCUAAAACGCGAUGGUGUUGAUUCCAUAACGCCAUGGUGUGGACAUACUUGUCAUUGGAGCUAGGAAUAACUUUUCAAUUCUAUCAGGCAAGGUGAAGGCUUUCCUCUGUUCGUUCCCCAUGCUUUGUCAAGAGUUAUAGCAUCCCGGAGUGCACUAACAAAGUUUGCACAUAUAAAGUCCAAACUUGAUGACUCGUGCAAAGUCAAAUGUUAUUGUGAUGAAUUUUAAGGAUUUUGGUCACCCAUUUUGAGACUUUGGUUUUGUAAAUUGGUGACUGAUGAUGAGGAAAGCACUAUACAAAUGUUGCAAAAAUCUUUGAUCUAACCUGUCAUCAAAUCCAAACAAGGCAAAUGGUGUUAAAUUGGCAUUUGUGGUUGCAUAACCAUUGGCAGUAUUAACUGUCCUGUCAUCAAGCAUACUUUGAGAGAGUGUUUUCAUCAACAUUUUCAUCUUCCAAGUUAUCAGAUAUGAUAUCUUUCUUGAAUUCUGAUCAGCUGAGAAGCACUGGGGAACAAUUUCAUCAAAAUUUUUGUCUGACAAGUCAUCAGAUCUGUCAUAUUUCCUGGAUUUUGACUGGCUGGGAAGCAAUGUUGCUAUGGUGAUUGUCGGAUAAAAUAAAACUUGUCAGAUAAAACGUCCGACCAGUCCUUUCAUGAAAUGCUCCCCAGUUGUAUUUUACUACAGUGAUUG